AUCCUAACGUAAGCUCUAAUGACUCCCAAUGACCUACAGGUAUAUCCUAACGUAAGCUCCAAUGACAUACAGGUAUGUCCUAACGUAAGCUCUAAUGAUCUACAGGUAUGUCCUAACAUAAGCUCUAAUGACCUACAGGUAUGUCGUAACGUAAGCUCUAAUGACCUACAGGUAUGUCGUAACGUAAGCUCUAAUGACCUACAGGUAUGUCGUAACGUAAGCUCUAAUGACCUACAGGUAUGUCCUAACGUAAGCUCUAAUGAUCUACAGGUAUGUCCUAACGUAAGCUCUAAUGAUCUACAGGUAUGUCCUAACAUAAGCUCUAAUGACCUACAGGUAUGUCGUAACGUAAGCUCUAAUGACCUACAGGUAUGUCGUAACGUAAGCUCUAAUGACCUACAGGUAUGUCGUAACGUAAGCUCUAAUGACUCCCAAUGA